AUGGUCAUCCUUUUUGUUGUUAUAUUCUUGGUCGGUGCACUAACUCAUCCAGUGCCUAUUGAAGAGAAGAAAACGUCUGCUGCUGAUAAGGCUGGAGAUGAUCAUUUGGAAUUUAUUCUGAGCGAAAUUUCAAAAAAAAUUCUUAAUCUCAUUAAUUUCUUGGAAGUGCUUGGGAAAAACUCUUUAGAGCGCUUCCACGAGGUCGGUUGCCCCACUGACGAAGAACUUUAUGACAACAUUCCCCGUGACAACGAUGAUAAAAAUAUUACCGAAAACAACAUUGUGCCUUUGUUGACUGAAUUUUACAUAAAACAAAUGGAAUGUUUGAGCCUGUUGAAAAAUCUUCGCGACAGAUUUCACAUGAACGACUCCGAUGUGAAUCAGCAUUUUAACAAGGAUAUAGAAAGAUUUAAAGUAAUGUUAGUGAGCUUGGACCAUUUGUCCAUCACGAUACUACAUCUGUUAAAGCAGUACAUGUCCGAUUCCAUCGGAAAAGCAUUAAUGGAUAGCCCAAACGUUAAUGAAUUCAAACUUCCCGCUUUUCAUUCCAAGGAAGUCAAUAACGAAAUUCCAUGUCUCAUAAUGUACGCAUUGAGAAAGUUAAAGGAAAUUGACGUAAACGUGUCGAUCUCGUCACAAAACCUAGAAAGCAACUCAGAUACUAUAAAAAAAAAUUUCCAAAAAGAUGGUAAAAAAGUGACAAAUGAUGAUAUUGCUACCCAUGAUGCAAAAUUUACAACUGAACCAAUGACAACAACGAGAACGACGAUCAGUGACGUUGAAGAGACGAAAUAUUCAGAGACGCCAACAAGUAACAUAACAAAUACUUCAGAAGUAACAAAUUUUAAUAAAUUUGAUAAUAAUCUUACAACUGAGACAAUAACAGUAGCGAUUACAACGACAGCCGAUACAACCAGCAUUCCAACAAAUAAUUCCAAUGCGUCUAAAAGUUUUGUAGCGCGUACUACGAACGCUCCACCGAAUGAUCUAAUGAUAAAUUCAAACAUAUUUACUAGCAUGUCAUCGUAUGAAUGGACUAUAAGUACAGCGUCUCAAAUAAAAACAAGACCAGGCAAACAUAUCAGCGCUUGA